UAUUGGCAUGGAGCUGAGUGUCACACUUGGCGCGUGUCUUAACUCACCCCAUGCUCUCGCGUGGACUCCAUCUACCACGUUAACAUGCAUUUCUGAGCUCAAACAAAAAAAAAGAAAGCUUGGUUCCCAUUUCUCUCUCUUUCUCUCUCAACUCUUCACUUUCAUUUCUUUCUCUCUGUCUUCUUCUCCUUCUCCAAACCUAUAAUUUCUUUCUUUCUUUCUUUCUUUUUUAUCCUUUCCUUUUUUAUAAUUCUAACCGUGUUUUCUCAGUUGCCUAAAGUGGUGAUUUGGGGAACUUUGAUUUGGGAAAUGAACAAGGGACAGUCACCGGAGCCUCUAGAUUUCUUCAUCUGGACUGUUGAGGAUGUUGGCUUGUGGCUGGAGACUAUAAAUCUUGGCAGUUACCGCCAAACUUUUAAAGAACAUGGUGUUAAUGGCGAAUACUUGGAAGGAAUGUCUAUGUUCACAACUGAGCAGAUCCUUCGUUUCAUAAGACGCUGCCACAUGAGGUGGGGAGACUUCAUUACAUUGUGCAAGGAAUUGAGACGGAUUAAAGUGGCUUGUCUGAAAGGGGAGCAAAAGGUGCGGCGGCCGUGGUGGGCACCGGCAUGCCUAUCCACAGUGUUCUUAAAAGUUGCAAAAUCCAACAGACAAUCAAGAGUGGUUUCUUUGAAGCUGGAGCCAUAGAUGCAACACAACCACUGCCAUGCGUGUACUUAUAGCAAUUUUCUUUUUGCCUAGAGCACAGAAGGUAGGAAUUCACUUUUUUUGGUUUAGCCUUUUUUUUUUUUUUCAUGAUUCCACAAGGUGUAUGUUUCUUUUCUGGAGAACGAGGUCCUUGUGUAAUGAUUUAUGGUGCUGUGUAAUUAUGUAUUCUCUCAUAUUAUAUGAACGAAAAAUACUAUAUAUGCCUUUACUCUUCAAGUUCAAUUACUCUUUUGUCAUGUACCCGCAAAUGAAAAAAAAAAAAAAAAAAA